AUGUCUGUGAUGCAUGCCCUAGCAUCACAGAUUUUGCGAGGGCUUCCUGAUGCCUAUACCGCAUGACAAAUGCUCUUUCCGUGUAGCAAAACUUGGACUCUCUUUGCUGCUCAUGCACGAAGAACAUCGUGCUCUGGGAGAAGUAAAAGAUGCGCAAGAGGACCACCUCCAGCCUAGUGUACAACUAUCCGAUCUACGUACUACAACAAAGCGGACGGAGAAGCAGGGCGGAACGGAGUUUCUCGUCCAAGUAUCAAGUGUAAAAAUGUCUGGGUCUGGAAGAAUGUUGCGCGAUUUGUCAUGCUGCUUUUCCAUGACCCAUGAGGUCUGGAAUGCCGGAGCUAGCAUGACAGAUUCUGCGAGACCUUUCUAAUGCCUAUCCUGCAUGAGAAACUCUCUCCCGACUUGGUCAAAACUGGACGACUUUUGGCAAUCAUGCAACGCAGAUUGUUCCAUGCUGCAGAUUCAGCAUGACAAGUUGCAAUCUUCCAGACCCAGACAUUUUUACAUUUGAUACCAAGAACCUCCCUACAAAAUAACCAGCCUCGUUCCUCCCAGGCCGGAAGAAUAUCAAAUGCAAAAAUGUCUGGGUCUGGAAGCGUGCAAGUUUGUCAUGCAGGUUUUCCAUGACGCACGAGGGUUGGAAUGCAGGACCUAGCAUGACAGAUCUUGUGAGAUCUCUAUCAUGUCUGUCCUGCAUGAUAAACUCCCUCUCACUUUGGUCAAAAGUGCGCAGCUUUUGGCACUCAUGCAACACAGAUUCUUGCACGAUUCGGAUUUAGCAUGACAAGUUGCAUCCUUCCAGAGGACCCAGACAUGUUUGCAAUGCAUAUUCAGCAACGGGCAGAUCAUGAUCCAAUUGGUGCCGAACAAGGACCAGCUGCGGCAGUCUAUGAUGAGCAAGGAGUCCAUAUCCUGUGCAAAAGUAUCGUACUCGUAGUACUUGCAUUUAGGCAUUACAAAUCUCUUUCUCAAGGUCAAUCAGCAUUACAAAUUCAAUUUGUAGUACUGGGCUAAUUUCUAAAUGCAUUUAUAUGACGAGUACGAUGCUUUUGCAUUGCAUAGUCCAUGGCGUCCAACAAAUCGGGCCGAUCGGACGGCACGAAGAUCUACGACGAGGAACACGACUUUGGUCUGUGCGACUUUUACGGGAAGAUGUUCCGGAUGUGCAAAGAGCUCGGGUUCGACAACGAAAAUUGCCAGCAGCAGUUGGCCCACAAGACUGGCGGUGGCAUAUCAACUGCAAAAACGUCUGGGUCUGCAAGAGUUGGGGCUUGUCAUGCACAUUUUGCAUGACCCAUGAGGUCUGUGAUGCUGAUGCUAGCAUCACAGAUUUUUUGAGAGCUUCUUGAUGCUAAUUACGCAUGAGAAAUGCCCUCUCUGCGUGCCAAGAGCUGACUCCUCUGGCUGCUCAUGCAACACAGACAUUUUUAGAAUCCGCAGGCAGCAUUACGAGUUCCACUCUUCCAGACCCAGACAUAUUUGCAAUCCAUAUGGCACCUUCUUCCACUACGCGGCGAAAAAGAAUAACAAGCCUCUCUUCGACUACCUAGUGCUCAACCUGGACGAAACGAUUAUCAAGCAGCAGGUGCACGUGAUCGACGAUUUCGGCAAGAAGGCCAUUGAUUUGGCGAACCCGAAGAAGAAAAACUCGCUCUUCGAAGAGUUCUCGGCCCUGAUGGUCAGUUUUCCGGCGGAGGACAUCGAUUUUUCGAAUCCGGCGAACGAACAGGUUUUCGCGAAGGUAUGACAGUGCACAACCCCCCCCUCCCCCUCAUUUGUAUCGCAUGAACAGCAAUACAGACACCCCCACCUGUGGAGCCUGUUCAUGACAAGUUCAUGCGCUCAGUGCAGUACUGUUUGGGCUUCCGGAAUCUGUCAUGCAAACAGUACCACGCAGCAGCGCUUGGAGUUGGUAUUUUCCAUGACAAAUGAGGGGGAGGGGGAGUUGUGCACUCUCAUAGAAGGAGUGGAAGUACCAGCUGCAGAAGAAUCCGGAGUUGCUAUCAAAAGGAAAAAUCCCUCCUCCCCAUACUAAAACGGAGAUUUGUGUAGCAUGAUUUGCUACCACAAUUUACGUUGUCACGCUAGAGGGCAAAAGAUGCGGACUGUAGUGCUGGCCGGCGUGGGAAGGCCUUGCAUCUUCAGCGUGACAGGAGGCAACUGGAAGUGGCAAACAGCAUGACAAACUGCUUGCAAUUCCGGCCACAAUUGCGUCGCUUGGCCUUCUAGCAUAACAAGUCGAUUUGUGUACGCAAAUCCGACAUCACAAAUGUCCUUUCCAAUAUGGGGAGGGGGGAAUUUUCCUCACAAUAGUUGCGCAAGAAACUGGAAGCGGCUAAGAAGGCGCAGGCCCAGAGCAAGCUGGAUGACGGCGCGAACAGCAAUGACCUGCUGGACGAGAAAUCCGGUAUGCCUUCCAACGUGGCCGGCCAGGAUAUGAAACUGCACAACUCCCCCUCGUUCUCAUUUCUCAUGCAAAAUCCCAAAUCCAAGUGCUUCCCUGUGGCACUGUUUAUGCAUCACAGAUUCCGGAAGCUGCCCAAGCAGUACUAUCUACACUAGGCGCAUGAAUUUGUCAUGCACAGGGAGCUCCACGUGUGUCUGUGGUCGUGUUUGUAUUGCUGUUCAUGCAAAAAUACGAAAGAUGAGGGGGGAAUCGUGCACUCUCAUACAGGAGAAAGUGAUCAAGGCGAGUGACAUCAUGUCUCCGUACGAAGCCAUAUGUAAUGCAAAAGCAUCGUACUAGUAUCGAUUGCAUCACAAAUUAGCCCAGCAUUAGAAAUUCAAUUUGUAAUGCGGAUUUACCUUGAGAAAGAGAUUUGUAAUGCAUAAAUGCAAUUACUCCGAAUGCGAUAGACUUUUGCACAGGAUAAGCCGAGGAAUUGGUGCCGGCGGAGUACAAGAAGUGCUUCAAGAUGCUCAACAACCAGGGCUGGAAAGCACUGGACAACAAGUGGCCCAACAACGGACAGACCGUUUUGCACUACGCUGCGAAAACGGGGAAGGAAGACCUGUGCCAUUUCUUAUGAAUUGCAAAAAUAUCUGGGUCUGGAAGAUUGUAACUUGUCAUGACAAAUCUGAAGCAUGCAAAAAUCUGUGUUGCAUGAAUGCCAAAAGCUGUCCACUUUUGACCAAGUUGGAACGGACUUUCUCAUGCAGAAUAGGCAUGGCAGAGACCUCGCAGAGUCUGUCAUGCUAAGUCCCGCAUUCCUGAACUCAUGGGUCAUGGAAAAUCUGCAUGACAAGUCUACACUCUUCCAGACCGAGACAUUUUUGCACUUGAUACUUCUUAAUCCUGCACUACGGAGCGGACCCGGAGCAGAAGUGCCACCACGGACACGACGCCGCCUGUAUGCAAGAAAAAAACUACUGUGUAAGUGUAACUCUGUAAUGCAGAAUAUGCAACAGAGUUACGCCUGUCAUGCCACACAGCCACGAACUUCUUUUUUCAUGUGUGUUUUCCCGUACAAGCCGCGCAUGAGAGGUUUUCUCUGUCAUGUAGAGCAAAUUUGUGAUGCUGUCUGCCAAAGAAAGUUACACUUACACAGUUUUUUUCUUGGAUAGCCUGGUACGCGAAGUCAAAGAAGCACCGGCUGCUGGCUAAGAAACUCUACUUCCGCUUUUUGAAGGAGGUGAAGUAA